UUGGGCCAAUCCUUCAGCCCGGAUUUGAAUAUAGGCGGGGCCCCAGAGACAGGUAGCGUUAAAUAAUACGCUCAAGGACACGGCGGUUUUCAAAACGCUGUAGCUGGUCUGUGUUUACUGUUUUUACGGAGGUCCUGAGCUGAUGUCUCUCCGCAAAACCCUCCCCGCCUUUGGGCGCGCGACUCUUGACAGGAGUUUGGGGCUCUCCGCUCGCCAUCAUCGGAGCGUGCAAGCGUUGCAUCCAACCGAAACAAACCCCCGAGACGAGUCUGUGGACGGCCGAGAGCAUGUAUCUUUCGGUAACAAGAUCUCCAUUGACUUUGAACAGACCAAGGAAGCCUACAAGAGCAAAGACACACUUGAGUUGCUUAGAAGCUUGGUGGUUUUCAAACUGUGCUCCUAUGAUGUUCUGGUUGAUAAGAAUAAAGAGAUAAUGGACCUCAGUAGAAAGUUGUUGGGACAGAAGAUGUUUGAGCAGUUUAUGAAGAUGACGUUCUACGGUCAGUUUGUGGCGGGCGAGGACCAUCAGUCCAUCAGGCCUGUAGUGCAGAAGAACCAAGCGUAUGGAGUCGGGGCAGUGCUGGAUUAUAGUGUAGAAGAGGAUCUCUCACAGGAAGAGGCUGAGAGGAAAGAGAUGGAAUCUUGCAUGUCUACAUCAGAGAAAGAAAGCCCUGGAGCUGAACAGCGGGAGAAAAAAUUCACAGCCCAUCGGAAGUUUGGCGAUCGUCGUGAAGGCGUGACAAGCGCUCGUACUUAUUUCUAUGCCGAUGAGGCCAAAUGCGACCAACACAUGGAGACUUUCCUGAAAUGCAUCAAAGCCUCGGGUGGAAGUUCUGAAGACGGUUUCUCGGCUAUUAAGAUGACUGCCUUGGGGCGACCACAAUUCCUGCUCCAGUUCUCCGAGGUGCUGGUGAAAUGGAGACGCUUUUUCAGUUUCCUUGCUGCCAAGCAGGGGAAAGACGGUGUGGAGGUGCUGGAGCAGAAACUGGAUCUGGAGCAAUUGCAGACUUGUCUAGCUAGACUGGGAGCUCAAGGCAACAUUCAGAGCUGUUUCUCUGAUGGACGACUGCACUCAUCAGGCAUGGUGGACAUGCUGGACUGGAACCGCCUGAUCGACGAGAGAACGAAGAUAUCUGAUCUGCUGGUUGUCCCGAACCUGGAGACUGGUGAGUUGGAGCCUCUUCUGUCCAAGUUCACAAAGGAAGAGGAGAGGCAGAUGAAAAGGAUGCUUCAGCGACUGGACGUCUUGGCUAAGCAUGCGGUGGAAAAUGGCGUCAGGCUGAUGGUGGACGCCGAACAGACGUAUUUCCAGCCUGCCAUCAGCAGACUCACUGUGGAAAUGAAGAGAAUCUUCAACAGAGACAAAGCUGUCGUUUUCAACACCUAUCAGUGCUACCUCAGAGAGGCAUUUGAUAAUGUGUCCAUGGAUGUGGAGCUAUCAAGAAGGGAAGGCUGGUGUUUCGGUGCCAAGUUGGUAAGGGGGGCUUACAUGUACCAGGAGAGAAGCCGAGCUGCAGAGAUUGGAUACGAAGACCCCAUCAACCCCGACUAUGAAUCCACUAACAGAAUGUACCACAGGUGUCUGGAUUACGUGCUGGAGGAGAUCGAACAGAAUAAGAAAGCAAAUGUCAUGGUGGCAUCACACAAUAUAGACACUGUUAAACAUACACUCAAAAGGAUGAAUGAAAUGGGUCUGGCACCCACAGAUAAGGAGGUGUACUUCGGCCAGCUCCUGGGAAUGUGCGACCAAAUCAGCUUUCCGCUAGCUCAGGCAGGAUUCCCUGUGUACAAGUAUGUUCCUUAUGGUCCAGUGAAUGAGGUGAUUCCGUAUUUGUCCCGUCGAGCACAGGAGAACCGUGGCAUUAUGAAAGGAGUGCAGAUGGAGAGAGAACUUCUAUGGAAAGAGCUGAUGCGCCGACUGACCAGUGGAGAGGUCUUCUACACACCUGCUGUAUAAAACACACUCGGCUUCCCACCAGAGACUCCUUACUCUUGUUUUUCGCCUGUUCACCCAUCCAUUCGUAAAUCUUUUUUUUUUUCCUUCACUCUCACCCAGGCUGUUCAUGGUAUAAAGCACAGGGGAUCCAUUUAAAUCAAAUACCACAGUUGGUGAAGCUCAUAAAAUGCAAAUAAUACUUAACCUGAAAAAUCACAAAUCAAAAAAAAAGUGCAUUUGGGUCCAGAAAAUGAAGUCUGUUUUUAGAGUUUAUGCAUUGCAGCAUUAUUUUCAUGACAAAUUAACACAUUCUGUCUAAUAAUUGUUUUAUUUUGUAAAGCAUGAAAACAAAGCACCUUCAGCUUGUCAGAUAUAUUCAUCAAGUCUUAAUGGGUAAAUCUCAUCAAAUCAUGUUUUACCUAAAAAUUAAGAAUAUAUAAUAGGAAAUAUUGCACAUUUUUCAAAAAUAACGUUUUAAGAUGGUUAAACAUUGUUUUAAAUAUUAAUAGGAGAAUCGCUCACGCAAUAAAAAAGUUCAAAUAUGCAUACAUCACUGUAUUGUAAAUGUUAUUAUAACAAUAUUUUCGAUUAGGAUAGUUUUUGGAUGUUUUUGCAGCAUAUUUUACAACAACACGUAUUUCAUAGUAGAUAUAGAUAUUGCACUUUAAAGUAUUCUUAUUAUAAUAAUCUUAAUGGGGAUCACGGCUUUAUAUUAAUUUGGGUGAAAUGUGCUUACCUGUCAUGGCAAUUUCACAAUGCAAAAAUAGUAUAGUUCCUAACAAGAAAUGACUCGAACACCAUGAUGCUAUUAGAAAAUCAUCUUUAACUGGCAAAACUACUUUUCAGAAUCUUGCAUCUGGUGGCUAAUACCAAGUAACAGCAGUUUUUAUUCCAGUAGCAAUAACUGUAGUAACAAUUGUAUUUUUGAGCAGAUUGCUGUUGCCUUGGUGCAUUUUUGCAAGGGUCAGGAAAGAGAGGUUACACUCUUCUCCUUCCACCUAAUCUUUCUCUAAUUCACUUUCCUUCACAUUUCCGCUUCUCCUUUCUCUUUAUUCCACCGAUGGUCUGGUAUUGCUUUCUUUCUCCGCUCUCAUCCAUCUCUCCAGCACCUUUAUGGCUCUGAAAGGGCUCCCUAAAAUGUCAGACGCCUGAGUGGGCACUGCUCUUUUAUACCCUACCUUAUUCCUCAAGUGGAACGCCAGUUAUAAACAUAUAAGCAUGAUUUAAAUAGUAAUAAACGAACGCAUCGGUAUCAGUUUCUGAUAAAGACGACUUGAAUUCAAGGAAAACAACAACAGGAGUCGGAGAACUACAUUUUAUGUAUGCAACAUGUCACGCUCGGUGUAAGUUGGAGUGCAGGCAACAUCCCUGUCGUCCAGAUUUUCAUAACCCCAUAAACUUGCAAACAGAUUAUAUUUCAUUAUGUUUCAGAUGCGAUGUAUUCCGAGCGAGUGCUUUGUUUGUGCCCAAGCCAAAUCUUGUAAUUCGCACUGUGGAUUUCAUCGACAAUAAUAUAAAAAAAACACACGGAAAGAACUGAACUUUAUUUUGGCGCCCUCACUGCUCUUGAUAUUCUCUUGUGCUCAGACAAGCUCAAUGAACUUCAGAAGUUCUGAUGAGAUGAUUUUAUGUUGGGGUUUUCGGCGUAAUGAUUUUGGUGUUUAGCAUAUACGGAGCGAAAAUUAAAUCUACUCUUUUAUUAUCUGCGUGAUGAAGCCUUUUAUGCUUAACCAACGGUUUCUCUCGCUCUGUUAAUAUUUUCUUUCCCUCUGUGGAGUAUUUGGGGAAGAUGAAUAAAAAGCUUUAAUUAAUUGAGCCAAAGUUAAUGAUUUCUAGACAAUUGCUCUUAAGUAAAUGGCACAAUUCCUCAUCCAUUUAUAUCCCGUUUUAAAUCCGUGAUGAAUUAACGACCCUUUGGGCCUUUUGCUUUGAGAAAUAACAGGCCAGACGGUAGUGCACCCUGCAUCCCAGUGUUCUGCUGAGGCUGGGGCUGAAUCCCAAUUUACAUAUUAUCCAUUCUACUUAGUAUGCGAAAUUAGUAUUGGUGGAACUGGCGAAAAAGAAAUGUUAACAAUUAAAGUUGGGAUGUGAUUUCAGCAAACAUCAUUUAUGUAGACUCAAAACCGAUAGUUUUAUUUCUGGAUCCAAGUUAAGUACAGUUGCAUUUAAGUUUGAUGAGUGAUGCUAAUCACUAAACUAAUAGUGGAUUAGUGGAUCUUUCUUAGUUUGGCAGAUGUUUUCCACUCAACUCGUGUAUUAGUUAGCCGAGCAAGCUUAAAGGGACUAUGUAAGCAUUUAAAGUCCCCUUCAGUUCUUACUAUUAACAAACUUAACUAUUUUUUUGCUUCUAUAAACUCCUAAUUUGCUGCUUUUGAAUGUAGUGAUGUAGUUUUUGAUGUAUGGGGUUUAUUAAGGCAUCUAAAAUAUGGUCACGGUCACUUUUAAACCAAGAAUAAAACAAUAACUGUGCUGUGAGUAGCCCCUUUAAAAGGUUAAAGGUUGUAUAAACUAUGCAAGUUUGUAUGUAUGCUAUGAAGUGGCUGAUUCGAACAAAUUGUAUGUAUUUUACUAGUUGCAAGUUUGUACAAAUUGGUGCGAAUGACCUAGCGUUAGAAAAUCGCAAUGUUAAUGUUUUCAAUAUCUUAGUGCCUUAUUAUGCCUACGAUUAGCCAUUUAUUAGUAGUGAUUAAGCACAUAUUAAUGCCUUAUUCUACACGACCUUAUUCUACAUCCCUAAUCAUAAUCAAUACCUAAACGUAACCACUACCUUACUAUUAGAAAGCAGCAAAUUAGAAAUGUAUUGAGGAAAAACUCAUUAGGCUACAUCCUUUUAAGACAGCAUGCCCCAAUAAUAUAGUUUGAUUUAACAGAAUUUUCAUUGUGUGGACAUUUCUGUUCUAAGGGGAAGAAGUCAUACCACUAAUUUAUAGUGAUGUUCGUGUGGGCAGAUGACGACCGAAUUUUCAGUUCAAAUUAGUUGAUGUUAACGAGAAUGCGUAAUUUCUGCGAACAGGCUUAUAGUAACCAAAUGUUUGAGAGACAUCCGUUACCACAGCAUUCUGGGAUACGGAAUACUUAAUGGAUUUGUUUGUCAUCAAAUGUAGUGUGUUUUCAAUCAGUCUUGGCAUAUACAACGCAAGUCCACUUUUUUAAUUACAAUGUUUCAGAAAAAAUACAUUCGACUGAGAAGCAGUCGCGUAAUCGCAUAUAAAGAUGUACUUAAGCAGGUUGAUCUUCUGAUUGCAUUUAAUGUACGUAAACUAAUACAUUUUCACUUAAUUGUAACCAACUUGUUUCUGAAAACAGAUUCAAUUCACACUUCGUUAUAUUAUUUCCGUAACACGCAUCUUUUUGCAGUAUAGUAAAGUGUAGGCUACUUUUAUUACACAAGGGUUAAUACCGGUCAGGCAGCAGCUGUGACCAGUUUUGCUGUUUGCACAAAACUGCUGACAACACAAAAGAUGUGGUGUCAGCAUAGAUGAGAUGAGACCGUUUUGGGACUCAGAGAUGCUGUUAUGUUAUCAUAUUUAAAAAGAAAAACUUUUUGGCGUUGUAUUGAUGAAGCACACUCCAGCGUUGUAAAAUGUGUGCACCUUCCUUUUUAACUCUCUAAAAGAAUUUGAAUCGCAGCCUCGAGUAAUAUUUUUCAUUUGUCAAGCGGAAUCAUGAGGUUAAUUCCCUCGCUGACAGUGGUUGCGUGUGUCAAAUCACGGGUCAAAAGACCACCGAUGUUACCUCACGCUCUAAAAAACAAGAUUUAUUUUAAGCUCUCCAUACCUAGCCCGCAGCGUCAGUGCAUAUUGUUAUGUAACAUUAUAUAUAAUCAGUUGCGUGCAAUCAAAACCUUUUAUUUCAAUGCAUAAUUCGGGGCAUAAAUGGAAAACACGCUUUUGGCCUUAAAAAAAAAAAAACACAGUCUGGUACGUUGUAAUUUAUGAACUCGAAAACAAUAAAAAUAAAACACCAGCUCCUGAAUUCAGAAUGAGCAAAAUCCUUCACAGAAAAAAAAAAAAAAAGUGAAGCAAUAAAUAUGGCACUCACUUUAUAUGUAGAUUACAGUGUACAGAUGCACACAGUAUAAAGAAAGGAAAGCGAGAUAGAAUUGUUUGGGUUUCAUCCUAUCUGAGGCGAUAUUUUUUCACUCAUAAUCUGUUAUUCAUAUUUUAAGAGCUGGAGGCGUGUGUUAUUGGGCGUAUUCAAAGACCCCAUGUUGGUAUAAAUCAAUCCUUUGUGCUGAUGUUCUGUGCUGCUGUCACAGAUAUGACAAUCUUGAUUGUUGACAAUUUUGUGAAAUAUAAUUCAAAAUGUCUCGGCAUAUAGAAACGAGAUCAAACUCAGACUACGUGUUGUUGAGCAGAGCACCCCGAAAUGUAAAUUAUGUAAUUAAUUACUCGCCUCAUGCGUUUUACUACAUUACUACUUAACUGAGUAGAAAUGACCGGCUUCAUUAUGCCCUCCAGGGGGCGAUACGGAAAUAAGCAUAGGCUGAUUGCAUACUCUUCAGUACUUAUUUUAAUUAGAUAAUUAGAUUACAGAAGCUAUAUAUGCAAACAUGGUGACUGUGUUGCCAAGCAACCGUUAGUUUGUGGGAGGGGCUGUCUGUUGAAUCGACCAAUGGCAGAUGAGGUGUUUACAAAGUCCUUCAGUACUUUUAUUAGUUUCUUAACUUUUAGUUAGUCACCAUUUGAAACGCUGACUGGCAGAUGUAAGUGAAGGUAUCGGCUGACUGUUAACCAAGAAUAAAUUUAAUGACAAUUAUCGCGGGCUGCGGGCGUAACAUUGACAGAAGAGUUUGAAGCUGCAUUUGAGCUUUAACUGUGGAAUUAAUUACCUUUUGUUGCGCUUUGACAGGGGCCUUGCAGGUCUUCUCCUAAUUUGAUUUCACCGGCAGGUACACGGAGGGAUUCCUGGAAUACUGAAACAAAGGUGCGCGUUUUCAUAACGGACGGUACGUCUUUCCUUUCCCUGCCUGUUUUCCUCUCUCUUUCUUUCUGCAUGUAUAAUGCAUCGCAAACAGGGCAUUCGUCUCCAUAAUUUGAUGGGUGCCCUCUUUCACUUUGAACGUGAUGGAUCCAGCUCCCCGAUGAAGAAGGAUAACAAGAAAGCGCGAGGAAGAGCGCAGGCGUGAGUCGGUGUAAUGGGGGUGCGCUGCUUUGUUUUUUUUCGUGGAAGCCCUGAAACGUAAAAGGCAGUGUGGGUUUUCUCUUGCUGAUCGGCAGCCAGAGCUAAUUGGAGAGGAUAGACUCUCAGAAUCAGUCGAGACCAAAAAUAAAUGAAUGGUCUGACCACAGACUCCAUUAAUGGUGUCGCUUCGUGAUGUCUUGAGGUGCAGACCAUUUGCUUGGAAACAGAUUCGAUUUGUCAUUAUUAAACGCCAUCUUAAAUAGCAAGCACGUUGAAUCUGCGCCAAUACGAUGUCUAUAAAUGAAUCAGCAUAUUACUAGUAAAUAACAUGUAUACAAUCUGGACUAAAAAGCUAAGACUAACUAAUGGAACCUUACCGUAAAGUGUUACCACGAUUCUUAAUAGUAUUAGUUUUAGCUAACAAUAAGAGAAGCGUUAUAUGUGAUGCGUUUUACUGGAUAAUUCACCCUGUUCGUUUUUCUUGACGUAAAGUAGACAUUAAGCUUUUUUAGGCUUAAUGCAACAUAAUAAAGAGCAAAGCAUGGACAUUUGGUGCGUAAUUGGUGUUUUUCUUUAUAUUUUAGCAUUACCAUUCCAUCCAAGAGAGUGAUGUGAGAUGUAGUUUGCUUGCACACCUCUUUGUCAAUAUAAGUGAGCAGUAUUUUAGCUGUCACCGAUCCUCAUUAACGGCACACAAAAUGCCUACGAACUAAAUUGCGCAGUCAACACUCGACAUACUCAAAACUAGUCGGAUCGGUUUAUUGAAUAUUGUAGCGUUUGUUAUAAAUUAUUUAUCCAAUCAUUAUUACCAGUACAUCUUAUUCAUAUUUAUAUAGCUAUCUGAUACAUUAAUAUAUAACCCCUGCCCUCCAGCAACCAAUUAGCAAUCGCCAACGAUCCAGCGGACAAAAUCAAUUCUUGUCCGGCAUUUUUGUUUCUCAUUCAACAAGCCGUUUCGGUCAAUAUACGUCAACAAUAAGAAAGGAAAAAAUAACGGCAACUUCCAUUUCAUGCCUUUAAAGAAAAUAACGUACGAGUAGUGAGCUGUAUAUUACCUAAAAGUGUAUACAGUGGUGUUAGAGGUAACGAUUCAGUAUUAUUUUAUAUCUUUGUCCUGUUUUACUUUGAACGAGGUCAUGGAAAUUGCACCGAAUUUUCCUGUCUUUGUCUUUUCCCCUCUUGCUCUGUUUCUGGUUUUCUUUUCUCCCAUUCAGGGUUGUGAUGAGUCUGUGCAGAUGUAAAGAGACUGUGUAUCAGUGGCAUACUUUCUCAUUUUCACCUGCGGCUUAACGGAAAUCCAUCAUAAAAAGGUUCUACUGUUUUUAUAACAUCUUCAUUGAUUCGUCUCCCUCUCUCUCUCUCUCUCUCUCUCUCUAUCUAUCCGAGUACUUUGUGUGUCUUCCAAAAGCAACGAACAUCUGCUUUCUCUGUCGGUACACACACCACCCCCUCACCGGCUGAGAGAGUGAUUCAUAUAGCCGAGCCCACACACACACACACACACACACACACAAUUAAGAGGCGACAGUGCUCUCUACCUCCGCCUGCCAUUAGGUGGCACUCCUGCAUUUCACGCGCCGCAGACCGGCAAUACAAUCUGAAUCAUGAUGCCUGCAAAAACAAACAGCACAUUUGAUACGUCGAACAUGAAUCAAAGAAACACCUGGAGCUGCGACACAUGUCAGCGGGGUCGCGCUUCGUAUUAACCCACGCGCUUUACUGACAGCCUUGAUCUCCAGCAAAUCCAAAACCUGUCAGAUGUUUAUAUAGUGCAUGGGGCUUAAGUCGGUUUUCCCCCGUUACAAAGUUUUAUUCAUGAAUAAAUUAAUAGAGCUUGAUGCACAGACUACAGUCAUAUCGGUAGCCUGGUGAAAGCCGUUUGAUUCGAGCAGGUCGCAAUCUGGGAAGCGUCGGUUUAUCUCGGUAACCUCCUGUUAUCGGAUAUGCUCACUCGUGGAAUAAAUUAAUAAUGGGCAACCAUGGCACAUUGAUACAAUGAGUCAGUGACUCAAGAAUGGGAAAAUGUCACUUUUGGAGCAAUGUGCUUAGAAUGUUUAAAAAAGCCUGUACAGGUUAUUAUUAUUACCUUUUUAUUCAUACUGUGCAUGUAUCACUCUGUGGAUUGAUUCAACGGAGCAAGUGCAAAAAAAAAAACAAAAAAAGACAAUAAUAUUCCUAAAAUAAAAUUCAGCUUUGCAUUACAGAAAUGAGUUACAGUAUAACAGUUCUUUUGAAGUGUAAAAUUAUUUGAAAUGCUACUGUAUGUAUUUUGAUGAAAUGAUUGUAGCCUUGGUCAAGUUCUCACAAACAUUCGUACGCUGGGGUAUAAUAACUAAAACGUAUAACGAUUUGAAAAGAUUUACUUUUCCAGGCCUUCCAGGAUUUCUGUCUGUAUCAAGGUUUUCCGUGAGAGUUAAAUGAGAACAUAUGGAGUGGAAAAGCUCUGACCUGUCAUUGUGCUGCAGCUCUUUCUCUGCGCAUCACUCGUUUGUGCAUGUGCCAAGUGUUUUCUCAUCCGUCCGAUCAAGCUUUCUGAGAAAACGUCACGAAGAUAAUAUUACGGAGUGCAUUUUCUGCUGUUUAAUGGAACAGAUGUAAGGCUUAAUCCUUCAUUGGCUCGUACGGAACGAAUUGAGGGAAUUGUCUAUAUUUGUAAAUAGGCUGCGCAUGGAUAUAAACACUGGAGAUAAAUGGAAUAUGUGAAAGUAUCGCUAAUACCCAUCUAUGUUGAAGUGACGUAAUGCAAUAAAGCAAGAAAGUGCCUUUUUAAGCCUCAAAAUAACUGUAUUACUGGUUGUAGUCGUACUUUUUUUUACAUUGCAGAUUCUUGCAUUGAAAUGAAAGUCAUGCUGGUGCAAUUUUAUAUAAUAAUUAUGUAUUCAUAAUUGUGUGAAGGAUUUUAUUAAAUGU